UCCCAAAAUCAGAUGUCCUCCCUGAUGACAUCCUCAAGCUCUAUGAGAUUGUCCCUCUUCCUUAUUGCAAUGAUUCUGUGACAGACCAUUUCCAGUCUCAGCAACAGAAUGAGGACCCAGACAGGAGACCUUCAGAACAGCAGCACAGUGACAGAGUUCAUCCUUGUGGGCUUUGAGAAGAGCCCCCCUGCCACUCAGGCAUUGCUCUUCAUUCUCUUCCUAGUGCUCUACAGCCUUGCCAUGGCCAUGAAUGGCCUCGUCGUCUUCAUCACAUGGACAGACCCCAGGCUUAGCAGCCCUAUGUACUUCUUCCUUGGCCACCUUGCUUUCCUGGAUGUCUGCUUCAUCACCACCACCAUCCCACAGAUGCUGAUCCACCUGGUAGUCAAGAAUCAUACUGUAUCUUUUGCCUCCUGUUUGACUCAAAUGUAUCUGGUUUUUGGUGUCGGUGUGACUGAGUGCAUCCUCUUGGCUUUCAUGGCCUAUGACCGUUAUGCUGCUAUCUGUCACCCACUAAGUUAUGCCCAGAUAAUGAACUGGAAGGUCUGUAUUAGACUGGUGAACACUUCCUGGAUUGUGGGGAUGAUCAAUGGAAUCCUUCUUGACUACAUGACAUUUAGAGGUCCAUUCUGUAGAGACAACCAUGUAGAAAACUUCUUCUGUGAGGCCCCCAUUGUGAUCAUCCUCUCUUGUGGGGACCCUCAGUUUAGUCUGAAGGUAAUCUUUCUUGAUGCCGUUGUGGUGCUGCUCAGUCCCAUGGUCCUCAUUAUCACCUCCUAUGUCCGCAUCCUGGCCUCCAUCCUUGGCACAACCUCCUCCUCAGGUCGGGGCAAGACCUUCUCAACUUGUACCUCCCACCUAACCGUGGUCAUCAUUUUCUACACCUCAGCUAUGUUCUCUUACAUGAAUCCUCGAAGCACACAUGGGCCAGACAAAGACAAGCCUUUCUCCCUCCUCUAUACCAUCAUCACCCCCAUGUGCAACCCCAUUAUCUACAGCUUGCGCAAUAAGGAAAUGAAGGGGGCUAUGGUGCGGGCCUUUAGGAGAACCAAUCUGGCCCAGGCAGAGUCUGCCUAA